CUUGAGCUCGUUGGGCGCGGGCCACAUUGGAGAAAGCUUGAGCUUACUGGGCGCAUCCGAAAACACGGGUCACAUCAGCUUAAACUUGUUAAAUCAAUAUUAUGUGGUUUACCGUAUUGAAGAAAGUAACAAACUUACCUCUGUCCGUUUUAUUGACAAAGAAGUCUUAAAUAUGAUAAAUAUCCGUAAACUCGUUCAGAAACGCAUAUGUCUUAAAUGCAGAAAAUUGUUCAAGUAUCGGAGCCAGUUAGAAAAUCACAUAAAGUCUCAUUCCGGUGAAAAACGUGGUGAGUCUAUGAUUAGUUCCUCAUUGAUUAAGAGCCGUCUUAAAAGUUUAACGAAAUUUGGUUUCUUCUCUAGUGUACUGCCGAUAUAA